AUGUCUCCACACGCGGUGCCGUCGACGGAUGUGUCGUCGUAUGGGUCGCCGACCUUUUCCAGCAGCGAUAUUCCGGAUCUUGUCGACACGAGGAGCUCGAACUUGCAGCGAUACGGCGACGAUGAGGUCCAUGACCUUGUGUGUGCUGGGUUCGGACCAGCGUCACUGGCGAUAGCGGUGGCACUGCAUGAUUCUCUCGAGUCGAGAGGGAGCAGGCUGUCGACCCGCUCGCCCAGAGUUCGAUUCCUGGAGAAGCAGGACCACUUUGCAUGGCAUGCCGGCAUGCUGCUUCCUGGCGCGAAGAUGCAAAUCACUUUUAUGAAGGAUAUGGCCACUCUGAGAAAUCCCCAGAGCGAGUUCACCUUCUUAAACUACCUCCACGAAAAGGACAGGCUCGUAUCCUUCACCAACCUGGGAACCUUCCUACCCCAGCGAGUGGAGUAUGAGGAUUACAUGCGCUGGUGUGCUCAGCACUUCGACGAAGUCGUUGACUACAGCCAAUGCGUUCAAAAUGUCAACCCUGGCAAGUUCAACGAGAAGACCGGCGCUGUUGAGUACUUCAACGUCACCUCGGUAGAUUCGCACAGCGGCAAGGCACAGACUGUCAAGGCGAAGAACGUCGUCAUUGCGGCAGGUGGAAGGCCAAACAUCCCAAAGAGCCUCCCGCAGAACCACCCACGAAUCAUCCACUCUUCUCAAUACGCAACCCACAUCCACAAGAUCUUCCCAGAAGGCACGCAGCCAAGGACUGUCGCAGUGAUUGGCGGUGGACAGAGUGCGGCAGAGUGCUGGCGCGACAUUCCUUCCAGAUUCCCAGGUUCGCAGUCAGUGCUUCUCAUCCGAGGAGCAGCUCUUAAGCCAAGUGACGAUUCGCCUUUCGUGAACGAGCUAUUCAACCCCGAGAAGGUUGACGAUGUGUUCGCACAAGAUCCUCGUGUCCGGGAAGAGCUCAUCAAGCUGGACAAGGCGACAAACUACGGCGUUGUACGAAUCGAGCUGCUGGAACAGAUUUACAACGAAAUGUACUCGUACCAACUCACACAUCGUUCCGAGGAGGACUGGCCACACCGUCUGCAGAACUACAGAUCUGUAACUGGCACCCGCGAUAUCACGCUGGACGGCAAGCCAGCUCUCGAACUGCAGAUCCAGAACAACUCUGGCCUUUACUGCGCGAACAAGGAAUCCCGCCAGGAAACGCUAAAUGUAGACUUGGUCAUCGUCGCAAGCGGCUACGUUCGCAAUGCGCACGAGGAGAUGCUGGAAGGACUCCGUGACUUCAUGCCAGGUGGCUACGCAGAUGACAAGUCCUGGACUGUGCAGAGAGAUUACGCUGUCGACUUCGAGCCAGGGACUGUUGCAGAGGAUGCUGGCGUGUGGCUUCAGGGCUGCAAUGAGAAGACACAUGGUCUGUCUGACAGUCUUCUGUCGAUUCUCGCCGUUCGUGGUGGCGAGAUGGUUGAGAGCAUUUUUGGGUACUCCCAAGAUAGCCAGAGGCGGCACGUGGAGCAGAGCUUCCAGUUGCAAUAG